AUGGCCAACAGCAGCGACCACCCAUGUCUGCCAACGCUUACGCUCAGCAACAGCAGCUUCAGCUACAGCAGCAGCAGCAACUCCAUCUCUUGCAACAGCAACAACAGCAGCAGCAGCAGCAGCAGCAAAAUCAACAAUCGAAUCCGCAUCAACCGCCACAUACCCCGCAGCAGCAGCAUCAAGUCUUGUUGCAGCAACAGCAACAACAGCAACAGCAGCAGCACAACAUGCAAGCGUCGUCUUCGCAAGUCAACCUGCACUCCCAUUCGCAGCCUCAGCAGCCGCAACAACCUCACCAAUCGUCCGUGCCUCCCUCUCAGCAGCAACAGCAUCCGCAAACUCCCUCCGGUCCAACAUUGCACAAUGCUUCCAAUUCGCAGCCAACUACCGCCCACAACAGUCCCAUGCCCAACGCUCUCGCUCAACGCCCUCCGCAACCCGUUCCGCAUCGCACUCCCACCCCCAUUCACAACUCGGCCACCGCUCCCUCAGCUGCUCCACCACAAGCUCAGUCCCUCUCAAGUCCCCACGCGAACCGCUCCAUGCCACUUCGACAGGCUUCCCUUCCUCCCAACCAAGCGCCUUCCGAUCCCACUCACACAAGGCCCCCGUCUGCCGCACACACUCCUUCUCUCCAACCAGCCGCCGCCCCACAGCCCUCGUCCCUUCCACGCCCCAACACUACCUCGCCCACAUCUGCUCAGCCGAGCUCCGUCCCCGCUGCUGGGCCUGGCUCAAAUCCAGCUCUCAACGCCGUGCUUCCCUCAGUACUCGGAAGGUCUCGGCUCCGGCAACAACCGCGCGGAUAUCGACUACUGGCGUUCCUUUGUCGACGAAUUCUUCAUCCCCACCGGCGUCUUCCGCCUUAUCCUCUGGAACGCCACCUCCCGCGAACAAAAGGGCUUCGAGGUGCCCAUUUGCGUCUUACCUCGCUAUCUGCUCACAAACUACGUUUCUGGCCUGCGUUCGUCCCAACUGCAGCUCGAGAAUCCACGCGAGUAUCACACUGGCUGGCCACCCGUCAACCCUCUGCCUCCGCCUCCGCCCUCUCACAAGUACCUCAACAGCUUCCCUUCCUCCAACGUCACACAUCAGGUCGACGUUUCCAAAGCCACCUUCAUCUCCAGCUUUGAUAGCGGCUGGCAGGUGCACAUGACCGGCCUGCUGCGUGCCUGCUUCGUUCCGUGGGCUGUACCCCAACCGCACGAGCCAGGAAAGCUCGACGUUCAAUUGCGUCUUGAAUCUCUCGAUUUCACCGUCCACGCACACACGGGCUACAUCCCGCGUCCCGCCAUCCAAAAGUCCAAGGUGGACCAUCCCCUGCCCAACAGCUUGGUCGCCAACAUUCUCAGCGCCGGCGAGACCAACUCCACAGCACAAAAUGGAGCCAAAAAGGCGGGAGCAAGAGGCGGUGCUGCCCGCAAAGACGAUGCGGACGACACCAAGCGGGACGAGAAUGGCGAUCCCAUCGUCAAGACCGAAGAUGGCUCUGGCUCAGCAGACGACGAUGCAAAGAGCCAAAGCGCCUACACCGUGUCGGUGGAGAGGACCUUUUUGCCCGAUUACCCGGUCAACGAAUACGGUAUCAGCUUGCGUGCUAUGCGCUGCCUCGAAAUCACCGAGAGCGUGUGCCAGCUGCGUGAUCUGAUCGACCUCAGUAUGCGCGACAAGUUGGGGCCCAUCGACUCGUUACGCAAGUUCGCUACCCAGUACAGGGACAUGCAGUCCGGACGCUCCGUCUCCACCAUGGCGCCAACAGACGUGAAUGGUGCGGCACAGCAGCAGCGACCACCACCUAACGGCGCACCCACACCAUCCCAAAUGCCUGGUCGACCACCCAGUGCUCAAGGUGGGCCAGUGGAGAAUGGCACCAGCUCAAAUCAUGCAUCGCCCAAUGUAGCCAACGGUAUUUCAGCGCUCAAACGAAAGGGAAAGACUGCUCCCAGCCCAAGUCCCAAGCUGACCAACACGCACAAUCCGGCCAAGAGACAGAGAUGA